AAGGAUAGCAGUUGACAGCUCGCAGGCUAAAAAGGAAGGCUUCUGUUCAAGUGCCAAGUUUAACAACCAGGUUAGAAAUCACAUCCAAUCGAUUUGCUAAACGUUCUGUAAGCGCCCUGAACUGUUACGGAGGCCUUUCUUUUUAAGGUUAUUGCAACAACCGGUGCUACAUUAGCAUUAGCUUCAGUGGUAGCUAACGCCUUGCUAGCCGCCGAACAAUAACAGCUCGCUGGCACGUCGCGUCAACAAGUCGCCUGCUUUGCUACAACCUUAAAUUGUGGGACAAUGACAUCCAGGAAGAAAGUUCUUCUGAAGGUCAUCAUCCUGGGGGAUUCAGGAGUUGGAAAAACCUCCCUCAUGAACCAGUAUGUCAACAAGAAGUUUAGCAACCAGUACAAAGCCACAAUAGGAGCAGACUUCCUGACCAAGGAGGUGAUGGUGGAUGACCGACUUGUUACAAUGCAGAUCUGGGACACAGCCGGCCAGGAGAGGUUCCAGUCUUUGGGCGUCGCCUUCUACCGAGGAGCAGACUGCUGCGUGCUGGUGUUUGAUGUGACCGCGCCCAAUACCUUCAAGACCUUGGACAGCUGGAGGGACGAGUUUUUGAUUCAGGCCAGUCCCAGAGACCCAGAGAACUUCCCGUUCGUGGUGCUUGGCAAUAAGAUCGACUUGGAAAAUAGACAGGUCACCACCAAAAGGGCCCAGGCCUGGUGUCAGAGUAAGAACAACAUUCCGUACUUCGAGACCAGUGCCAAGGAAGCCAUCAACGUAGAACAAGCAUUCCAGACGAUUGCUCGCAACGCCCUCAAACAGGAGACGGAGGUGGAGCUGUAUAAUGAAUUCCCAGAGCCCAUCAAACUGGAUAGGAAUGACAGAGCUAAACAGUCGGCAGAGAGCUGCAGCUGCUAAGAGACAACUGGGACCAUCUUCUCUCAUGGCUAACUGAUUCUCCCACUCAUCUGUUCACCUCGCUCCCAGGGAAAGUGCUUUCUUGCCGGUCUUCCUUCUUCACGCCAAUCAUGAUUUCAUCCACACGCACACACAUGCGCGCGCAUCACACUGCACACGGAUACGACCCCCGAGUCACUUAGUGCACCGCUGAACCCACUAAUGUAAAACGAAACAUAAAACAAAGCGUGAGCCCAAAGAUCACUCAGGAGAAGACCCACGUCCCCUCUGACUUGGUUGUGAGUGAUCUUCUGUCUGACUGUCGAGCUGAGGAGGCGACAUGUUCAAAGAGUGCAGUUGGGAACUGGAGCUGGAUUUGUCGAUGCUCUGAAUCCAUGUUGGCCAAGUUCAGCAUCCCAAUUAACCCUUUUCUGUUGUAUUGUUUUUCUCUCUGUCCAAAAUUUCUAAGUGUAAUCCAUUCUAACUAUAUAUAUAUAUAGAUAUAUAUAUACGCACACACCUAUAUUUUAAUUGGCUGAUGUUUUCUCUGUAGCCAAUCUGAAACCUUGUUUUUGUUGUUGUUGCACUUUUUUUCUUACUUUUUUGCCUUUGAGUGUUACCGCAGAAAGGGGUGACUGACUUUGGGCAACAUCUGCUACUACAUGCCUUCUACUGAGCAGACAAAUCUCCACUCAACCUGGAAUUCCUUCAAGAAUUGAACACUCUUGAUUGUAUAUUGCCUUUCCCUUCAAGGAUGUGUGUGUUUAAACUGCCUCACACUGCUGAAGAAACAUCGCCGUAUAGACUAGAGCAAAAUCCGGAUUCAGUUCUUGACGUGAAACAAAAAGGAAUUACCAUCUAACUAUCUGCCUUUCAUGUAUCAUGACUUGUUCUGCUUCUCUUUCUGCUGUGUGUUCUGUCCUUCAUCUGACCUCUUCUGUGCUUCUAAACCUACGAUAUGCACCGCCAUCACACCUGCCAUCUGUCUUUGUUAUCGCUCUUCUCUCUAUCUGCUUGUAGCUCAGGUUGGCUAAGUACUUAAUAUUUUUAAUGACUUGUGUAUUACAGUGUAUAGAUGGUAAAGGCGACUGGAUUGAACUGAAAUGGAUGUUCUGUUUUUCCAUUCGAUCAAAGGAUCCAACUUUUUUGCCUCUGUAUUAUUCCUUCUCCUUAUAGAAAAUCACUGCAAUGCCAAUAAUGUUGUGACUGGAAAUUGGGACAUCAAAUAAUAAAAAAAAUCUUGAAUA